CUUCUCUCGGCCAACAACUAACACAUUCAAGAACUGAAUUUCCUGUAAUUAGCCAAUUAUAUGUAUCUCAAUACCAACUCAGACUCAAAUCCUCUAAAAUAAAAGAUGCUAUAGAGAUCUAA